AACCUGAAGUCAGCCCCAUCAUCUGUCAGGUUUGCUGUGGGUUCACACAACAACCAACCCACUUUGGCUUAUUGUCAGGUUGUGUUAGCAUUACAUAACUGUCCUGUGUUUUGGAUUAGAUAACUCAAUUAAUUUAACCUUGAGUUCAUGCUACACUAAACACUAUUGUUCCUGCAAUAGAUUUGUUCAAAAAUGUCAAGCUGUUAUUUCAAGACUUCUAGUCUGAUGAGAUUCCUUUCAAGCAACUGUGUAUUUUUGCAGAAGAAUACAGUACAAUAUAGUGUGCAUUUUUGGCAUUUGCUUACUUGCAUUGAAGUUAAUGUGCUUCUGUGAAGCACUGCUUAUUUCUUGGUCUGAAAAGACUGUAUUCUGAAAGCAUGUCUUGAAUAAAAAUGUGCAGUCCUGGAGAUGCAGCGUGAUAACCAGAAUAGGGUGUUACUCUAAUAACAAAAUGUUGAAUGAAUAAUGGACAGCUGUUUUACAGACAUAUGUAACCAGUUGGUUAAGCUCUCCUUUCAGCAUCCAUCGCUCUGUGGAUGCUGGAUGGCGAUAAUGAGCAUUGCAGUCCAAUACACUGAUUGCACCUAGUUGAGGAAGGCUGGGUUGAGAAACAUGGUUUGAAGGACAAACUCAACUAUUCAGAGCAGAAUAUGCAAAUCCUUUUCAGUGGUAGAAUUUCUGUGGUCCUCUGUGAGUACUACAGAUUUGGAAGACAAUGUGGACAAGGAUUUUAAAUGCUCCUGGUGAGUGUAAUUGGUCACUGCAACCACUCUUGCCAAAUCACCUAGUACAUCCACUGCAGGCAAUCUUUAGAACCUGCGUAUGCUCAUGUAUCAGGAGAAACCAUUCUGUUUUCUCAGUCAUAUGGAAGGGGAACAGUAACAACAUUAAAAUCAAUACCCUGCUAGUCAGUGACCUUACAGCCACAGUAGGAAAGGGCAGUGACCUAUUCCUUUUAAAUCAAGCUGUCCUGUUGUCAUUAGCAAACUAAAAGGUUCAGCUCUUGUGGGAGGAUUUAAAGGCAAAACUCCAGCACUAAUCGGCUUAAAGGAACCAGCACCACUGAAUGGUUGGAAGGGCAGAUAAAAGAAACUUGAGUUCAAACUUGCUUCAGCAAAAGACACUGCGCUACAUAGUUCAAAAUUAACACAUUUUGCACAGCCUUUGAUUCUCAACCAGGAAACAAAAACCAGCAAUGCCUGCAGAUUUCAAUGGCUUCUGGAAGAUGCUUAGCAAUGAAAAUUUUGAAGAAUAUUUGAAAGCACUAGAUGUAAAUAUUGCUGUGAGGAAAAUAGCCAGUAUGCUCAAACCUGACAAAGAGAUUAUUCAGGAUGGCGACCACAUGAUCAUUAGAACACUAAGCACUUUUAAAAACUACAUCAUGGAUUUUGAGAUAGGGAAAGAAUUUGAGGAGGAUUUAACAGGGCUGGAUGACCGCAAAUGCAUGACCUGUGUGACAUGGGAUGGAGAUAAACUUCUUUGUGUGCAGAAGGGAGAAAAAGAAGGCCGUGGCUGGACCCAGUGGAUUGAAGGAGAUGAAAUGCACUUGGAAAUAAGAGCUUGUGGGGUCAAGUGUAAGCAAGUAUUCAAGAAGGUACAUUGAUGAGCCUUCCCAUGGAGACCAAGAGGCCUGAACAGAACAUAUGGCCCUGCUGUCAAACCUACAGUUCCUGCUAGUACAAAGAUCUCUUGUUCCUCCAUAAAACCUAGAAGAGAUUCAUGGCCAACAUGUAUCCGUGUCUGAUUGGAGUUUUGUAGUGGCUUCAGUUGCAUAUGUGAUUUUCUAAAGAGAUAAGUGCAUCCAAAUGAACAGCAUCACAUUAAAGAUGCUCAGAUUAAAGCAGAUAUACCUGAA